AUGAAAAAAGUAUCUCUUUUCGCUUCUUUAUUAGCAACUUGCAUAUAUGCUUAAUUGGCAAUAGAUCUCACUUAAAACUUAUAAUUAAUUCAUUAAGAUUAUCCUGCUGGUGUUGAUACCAAUGGUCUCUGCUCAUUCAUAGGGAAUGUUACGUUAAUUCCUAUACCAUAAUAAAAUGCUAAAGGUAACUUCACUGGAUUUUAAGUUAAAGGAACAACAAAUAAAACUGUAGAUAAUUGCCCCUUUGUUGAUUUGAACUUUGUUACUUCUGAUGGAAAACCUAUUUCCAUAAACAAUACAGAAUUAACUACAGAUUUUUUAAAUAUAUAUGUUUUAGAAGACUAUACUGAAACAGGUUCUGCCUUCAAGCUUUUUACUUCUUUUGCCUCAAAAGGUAAUAAUAGAACGGGAUCUGCUAUUGCUUAACUUAUUGCUAUCAGACCAAGCAAACCUUUUCCUUAUUAAUAUUAAACAUUUACUUAUAUUUCACCUUCUUCUACUGAUACUUUUGGGUACUAAUUAGUUAUUUCUAUUAUCUAUGCUUUACUAGCUUUUUUGCUCUGA